AUGAAAGAAACUCCAGUAUCAAAAAAGAAAAAUUUUAUAUUAUCUCUUGUAAUUUUAUUUGGCGAAAGUUUAACAAUCGUAAAUGGUGCUUAUGUACCAAAUAAAAUACGUUCACAGGCAAAAAAAUAUCCCGAAAUUGCUAAAAAACUUAUUAACGCAGGUUGGAUUGCUCAAUACCCUUGUCCUAACCAAAACGAGUUUGAAUCAUUAAUGAAUCAAUACGAAAUAGAAAAUAACGAUGUUACAUUCACAGAACUUGAUAUAUCUAAUCAGUCAAACGAUUUUGAGUUCGAAGAAGAAGAAAUUGAAGAAUUUGAUACGGAUAAAGUACUACAAGAAUACAUACUAAUGGAGCAGAAGGUAUUUUUAAAGACUUUAGAACAGGCUGAAGAUUUUUUGGAAAAUGAAAUGAAAGACAUUCCUAUUCAGGAUAACAUUUUCACUGAAGACAGUAUAAGGAUGUCGAAAUCAGCGAAAAAUAUGAAUGGAAACUUGUCAGAUAAUAAUGAAGUCUCAUUUCGAGAUAAAAUACAACUUAUUCUUGCAUCAUAUGGUCAUGAAGUUGACCAAAAUAAGACGUCACGUUCAAUUCUAGAAAUUGUUGAAGAUUUGCUUAAAAUGCGGGAAGCUAUCAAUAGAGUUAAACAAAAUCAGACUGAAAGCCAAGAAAAGAGUGAAGAUACUGAUACGAAAGAUACUAAUGAACAAAAUAUUUAUGAAGAUGACAAAGCAAUCAAAAGUACAGCCACGGACUUACCAAAAGACAUUGAUCAGAUCUUGAAAGAUGAAAAUAGCGAUGAAUUUGAUUUUGGUUAUGAUAAUGAAGAAGAAGACUAUUUGCGGAACUCAGAAUUUGAUUCUGAUGGUGAAGAAUCAGAACCACCACUAACUGAAGAGGAGUUAGCACUUGCAAAUCAGGAGAUUAAAAAAUAUGAGCUUAAAUAA